GUGCCUGACUGUGGACCCUGGACGAGAAAAAAAGAGCACAGAAAAAAAGGCAAACGAAAUUAAAAAUGGAAAUGGUGGCUGACUUGGGGGCAAGUAGACUCUAUCGGGCGCCGGGUGAAUCAAGUCACCAGUGAGUAUCGAUGGAUUUUGUCAGGGAUAUCACGGCGUGGGGCGUAAGCGGGUCCUGUCGACACCUCACGCCUGGGAAAGAGUCGCUGGGUUUGGGCAGCAGGCAAAUCCUCCCCGCUGCUCGCUGCGCUCCGGACCUCCGGCGAGAAGUGGGGGUGGUCUUGAGGAUGAAGACGGGCGUUUUAAGCGCGUCUUAUCCUUGAUAUGAUAUACUGAGUGAAUAUAUUUAUUUUUCAGCUCGCAGCAUGUUCAAUUGCUGGAGGUUUGUGUCUUAUUUUUCUAUUGUGUGCUGGCUGGAGCCUGAAGUGGGCGUCGCUCCAGGACAGACUGGGCUGCUCUGGUGCGCCGCUGCCCGCUUUCCUCUCGCAGGACUGCAGCACUCUCGUGUCGUUUUGUAGGUCGACUGAUGCCUGAAUUAAGGGAGAAUGGCUUGGUUAAGAUAGUACACUUGGUUUCGUGUGACAUGAGGAGCAUAUAGAGUCUUGCUGGCGGGCGUUGCACCGUGGGUUAUCGGGCGCCGUGGAGCCUGUCAGCAAGCAUCGCAUAAUUAAAAAUAAAUGCGUGUAAUUCAUUCUACAUGAGCGUGGCUAAAUAGGUUACUAUAGAAAAUGAACAAUUCUGCAAAUGAGGUUGCGGCAUUUUUUUCUCCCUCUUUGCAUGACAUGUCCGGUUACAGUGCUUUAUUUUCUGUUUCCGUGGUGUGUUUGUAACAUCAGAGAUUUCAUGCGCGCUUUCGCUUCCCUCAGGGAUGAUUACAGGGUUUUGCCACCCGAUGCUCUCUGACUGGAGUCGGGUGUAGCCCAUUAGAAGAAGAUUUUGAUUGAAGGCUCUCCCGACCAAUCACAGCACAGAAUGAAGUCCUGUGGGCGGAAGGUCUGCGGAGCUGGAGAUGGUCCAGUGCAGAAACAAAGACUGGGGGGAAUUGACAGCUACAUGAAUGGGGUGUUACUGGUGUGUUUGUUAUGUGACCUGCUGUUAAUAUUUGAAGUCUGUAGCAUACAUAUAUAGCAAGGUAAGCUGGCAACAAGGCCAUAUGUCCCAUAAAUCACUCUCCAGGAGUGCAUUUGUCACUCUUUAAUAUGUAGAAUUUAUUUAAUGUAUGUAUACAUAUACAGUCUUAUUUUGUUAAUUUAGGAUCAUGAAGAUGUAAGUGUGUAUAUUUCAGUAAUGAGUGUCCACAAGGCUCCUAUGAUCUGUUAUUUCCUUGCAGAACAAGUCAGUGUAUGCCGCAUGCACAACCAGUGUGAGUGCUAUCAUCAUGUUGUCUCCUGCAGGCAGCCUCAGAGGUGGUUCAACACCGCUGACAUCACAGUGGCUCACCAAAGCAGCCUGCUGAAGCAGCUCAACCAGCAGCGCCGCCAGGAGCUUUUCUGUGACUGCAGCGUGCUGGUGGAGGGCCAGCUCUUCCGGGCCCACCGCAACGUCCUGUUCGCCAGCAGCGGCUACUUCCGCAUGCUGCUAUCCCAGGGGCCAGACGGGCUGUCCGACUCCGUCAACGCCACCUUUGAUGCCUUCAGCCCUGAGACGUUCACCGUCAUCCUGGAUUUCAUCUACUCCGGCCAGCUGGACCUCUCGAGUCACAAUGUGAUUGAGGUGAUGUCUGCAGCCAGCUACUUGCAGAUGAACAAUGUCAUCAACUACUGCAAGAACUUCAUCAAGUCCUCCUUGGACAUCAGUGUGAAAGAUGAAGACAGUGACCGUGGCCUCAGCUUGUCUGAGACCUGCAGUUUCACCAGUGGAGUAGGAGAAGAGACAUCAGAGCAGCAGCAAGGCCCCAGCUCUGUCAGCCCACCACCGGCCCUCUGGACCAGGGACAACUCCAGAUCCCAGUGUAGCUUUAUGGGGAAGGACGCAGACCAUGAGUCAUCGACCUCAGCUCUGAAGACUAAUCCAAGCAGUCCUGCUGAUGAUCUCACUGCAGAGGCAGAGGACCUGCAUGACCCUCAGGACCCUCUGUACACCUUGCCUGGAUCAGACCGCCGGCGAAGUAAAGGGGGAACCAAGAGGAGAGCACCUAACACUCGCUCCAACCAACAGGAAGACUUAGACAUCCAGGAGGCGAGGACACAAAAGGCUGAAAAGGCAGAGGAGCUUUAUGCCACUCUGCCACCUAUUGUGGGUGUUAUUGGGCAUUUUAAUAAAGACUCCAACCCCAUUAUGCGCUUCAAAUGUCCCUUUUGCACACACACGGUGAAGAGGAAGGCUGAUCUAAAGCGUCACUUGCGCUGCCACACUGGAGAGAGGCCGUACCCCUGUCAGGCCUGCAAUAAACGCUUUACACGCCUGGAGCAUCUUCGAAGCCAUUUUGAGACGAUCCAUCAGGCCAGGAAGCUGGUGUGCAGGAAGUGUAAGUGUCAGGUGACGGAGGAGACUGGGCAUGUGGUGUGUGAGGGCACACGGCGCUACCGCAUGUGCACUGCAUGCAUCCAGGAAGUGGACUGCGAUGACAUCCCCAUGGACAGCCUAGAUGGUGCCAGUGAGGAGCCGGCCCUGUUACUGGGGGUGGACGGGGAGGAGGAGGGCGACAGUAAGAGAAGCUGGAUGGUAACCGAUGACGACGACCUGGCCGAAGACUCAAGGGCCGACCUCAUCAUCCAACAAGUGGACGACAGUGAUGAGGAGCUGCAGUGAAAUGGAACCAAAGUGUGUGUGUUUGUGUGAAUGAAGAAGCAUCAUGCACAAAUAAUUAGUGUGUGUGUGUGUGUGUGUGUGUGUGUGUGUGUGUGUGUGUGUGUGUGUGUGUGUGUGUGUGUGUGUGUGUGAUAAAGCCAUGCAAGAGAAUUUAUGCAUAAAACUUGCAAUCCACUAAUGUAAAUACACACAUUUAUGAUAUAUUAGUUCUCUAUUAGUUAAAUGCAACUGGUAAAUCUUUACUUUCAAUGAGAUGUUGACCUUUGUGACAAAAUGGAAUGCUUUUUGUUGAGCUUCAUAAAGAUAUGCAGUAUCCAAAGCAUGCAUAUUCAGUGUCUCCUUUGCUUCAAAUAUAGGUAAAUGAUAACGCUUUCAAAUAUGUUUUUUUUCAUAUGCAUGGACAACACCGUUGCUACUUCUGGGACUCCGCUUUGAUUAAAGCUGGCAUUUGUGCAAAACUAAGUGAUAAGGACAGAAUGAUGACUCUACUGCUAUUUCCCUACUCCCUGUAGGGAAGUGAAGAGCAGCCUUUUUUUCAAUGUCACACAGUUACAGUUUGUUUAUGAUUGUGUUUAAUUAUGAUAUGCACUAUGGUAUGAAAGCAAUUAUAAUUUAUUGUUUGUUUUUUUACUUUUUGACACAUUAAAAUAUUUUUAUACAUUUCAGAGUCUGUGUCUUUUACCCCAUCUUUGGGAACCACGAUCAAAGUCAACAAGAAAAUGAAUAAUUAAAAGGGAAAAUAAUUAUAUACGUUAACAUAGUAAAAUAAAAGUCCAAUUCU